GGGAGUUGUAGUCCGGCGGCCAUGGCGGAGGAGGGCGAGAGGAAGGCCGCGCUGGAGACGUUUGAUACCUGGACACCUUGGAGGUGAAGCUCAGAAACAUGCUGAGAGAUCGCAGCCGUCUGCCUCAGGGCACAGACCCGAUUGCUGCAGGAACAGGGGAGAGUCUGUCCUUCAGGGGAACAUGUCGGUUUUCCUCAGGAGCAUCGGACAGCGUCUGUGCCAGACACCUGACCAGGUCCAGGCAGAUGGGACAGAUGGGAACUGCGUCACAUUUGUGUUACACGAUGAGGACCACACACUCGGCAACUCCCUCCGAUACAUGGUGAUGAAGAACCCUGACGUGGAGUUCUGCGGCUACUGCAUCACGCACCCCUCUGAAAGCAAGAUCAACUUCCGGAUCCAGACCAGAGGGGCCCUUCCUGCUGUUGAGCCGUUCCGGAAAGGCCUGAACGACCUGAUGGGUGUUUGCCAACACGUGCUCAACACCUUUGAGAGGAGCAUGAAGGAAUACAGGGCCCAGAGGGAGGAAGAGAUGCAGUAGCAGUUGGGGAUGGCAGUCCCCAUGGAUGCGUGUAAGGUCCGUGCGUUACGUUCCCUGUGCCAAGAGUUUGGCUGUUUUUUAUGACUGCUUUGAUGCAAACCUGUAUUUUCUCUAAUAAUAAAGUUUAUUAAAUUUGG